AUGACUGAUGCAGAAGAGAGCAACGAUGAUAUGACCAAUGAAGAAGACACUGACGAUGAAAUGGAUGAUUAUGAUGAGACUGAUCAUUCUGAUUUAAAAAAUCGUUUUACAUUAGAAGAAAUGGAAAAUAUAAUCGAAUGGGUUGACGAACAUCCGAAUGCCAGAUUUGCAACUAUUUCUAAUCGAUUUAGAAAGAUCAAAUUCAUGAAUUAUAUUACAAAAUUUAGAGAAUAUAUCGAAAACGACGGCACAAGAUUAGAAAAAUUAAAACAAAUUAAAGCAUUUAUAUUUGACGAAUUUUAUCUGAAAAGAACCAUUGAAAAGGAAGCCCUUCAUGAUACUGAUCUUGAACUGCAAGUAAAUCGUUUAUCAAUACUUUUAAAAGAGAAAACAGAAUAUCAUCCAGAAGAUAUAACAAAAUUAUUACCCGAACCAAAUCAAACAAAAAACUUUGCAGUUUAA